AUGGUAGAACCGGAAAUCCAGCACAUGCGCCGCUUGUCGGCAGAGAACCAGACGAUCUCUAAAUCCGAGAUUCCUUUGAAUGAACGGUUCUUCCGGUACUUCCAGCAUGAAAUCACCGCCCUCCAGCAACAAAUGGACCGUCUUGAAGAUACGUCUCUCGUCGGUGGUGAGCGUGCCGAUGCAACAGAUCACUGCCUCGCCGGCGUCGUGCGUCUGUCAAACGAGGUCAAAGAUGCAGCAAGCUAUAUCCCCACCUACGAUCAAAGAGUCUAUGCAGAGGCCAUCAAAGCGUUGCAGGACAAAUUGAACGAGACCCGCGCCCAUUUCGAACCUCGAUCGAAAUUCGCCUUCAAGACGAAGAAGAACGCAUCGGCCAUCUCCCUGAGAGAUGCAGCAACACUGGCUGCGGAGGGCCGUCGCAGUAUCCCGGGAUAUCGCUCGCCAGGAGCGUCGUCGAUGGGUUCAUCUGCGAAUCACACCCCGAACUAUCCCUCGACCCCUCUGAAUGAACCGGACAAGCAACAUCAGGAGAGACCGGAGCUCGCGCCGACGUCAUUCCCGGGCAUAUUCACCAGUGACAACGAGCUAAAGCCCCCCUCUGAUGCCAAGCCUCCACCGGCUUUUGCUGCUACCGGUGUGACCUCCGUCUCGGUGAACAACCAUUACGGUCUACACAUUAUGUUGCCGUCGUCUGGAUCAGUGUCUACAGUCCCCGCAUCCAUCACCUCUCUGAAUCACUGCAUUGUGGAUAUGUCAAUUCCCACCGCCAACAGCAAACCCUUCGCUAGCUUGACUGUCAAGGACGUCGAGGAAAGUCUCUUGAUCUGCGGCCAGGUCGGAGGCCCCGCACACAUCACUGGCGUGGAUCACAGUAUAAUCGUAGUAUCUUGCCGGCAGUUCCGCAUGCAUAACUGUAAGGACGUUGAUGUCUAUCUCAGCUGCUCGAGUAAUCCCAUUAUUGAGGAUUGCUCAAAUGUCCGGUUCACCCGGAUACCGAAAGCCUAUGCUUUCCACCAUGACCGCCCCGACCACGAGGAUCGCUGGAGCCAAGUCGAGGAUUUCAAAUGGAUCAAGCCUGAGCCUAGUCCCAAUUGGAGUCUCCUCGAUCGAAGCGACGCAGUUCCCGAGGAGGUUUGGGCGGAGAUCGUUCCCGGCGGGCCGGGUUGGUCGCUCGAUGAUAUUCUGCAUGCCAUCAAGCUGGUUAGGGGAUAA